GCGGCGUGUGUCUGUGGUGCGUUGGUGCGUAGCACUGGUGCGUUUCUGUUGAUGCUUACGCAGUGCCGAAUGGUCGAGCGUCAUUCAGUAUUAGUCGGGUACACUCUCGGGGACGGUGCCUUUCGCUUCUUUUUCUCCCUCUUGAUUCUUUUCCUUCGCGACGCUAGCUAGCGCACACCGUUUCUCCGCGCCUGCAGAUUAUUUUCGUUCAACUAAUUAUAUAUGUGCACAGCCUCUCGGUCGCCAGAUCUCUAGUGCCGUGACCGGUUUUCGUUAAAUCCCAGCGCUGACCGAUUGCCGACCUUUUCCACGAUAAUCGUGAACCCCACAUGGUGCGGAGGACGGACCUUUCAUUGUUCGGAAAAUCAACGACGAGCUGUGAAACCGCAUAGGGGCAGGAGGAAGAGGAAGACGUCGCUUCUUUUUCCACUCAACGAUGGCGAAUCACGACGUUUGAUUGGGCGUAGACAGCUAUCACCGGAAACGGGAAAGAGUAAAUUUGGUGAUGAAGCGGGCAACAAGGCGAGCGAGUUGAGAGGCCAAGAUCGGUUGCCUGUUGUUUGUCGCACCGCGCGGAGCGCAAUGCCGUCACGGCUUAUUUUGUAGCUAACGGAAAAACGUAGGACGCGACCGGAUCUAAACGACGACAACGACGACGACGACGACGCCGUCGUACGUGAUCGCUGUCGGUGCAACACUUUUCGCGUUCGUACUUGAAGAGAGGAAGAGGUCAAACUGUGACAGAAGACUCGAUAAUGUGACAAUAAUAUUUUUCAUUGUUUUUUCUCCAAAAUUUAGAGGUCGAAGUUUACGGAGUGUACCGAACGGGUAGAACGGUACAAGUGGACGGGGAGCUUUGGAGGAAAGAAGAGCUCUCCACCUUGACUCAAAUCUUUCGAAAGAAAAAGCAAAGGACAACCUUUUUUCUCCUUUUGCGCCUGUUCAAGACCUCGGGUCAAGGUAUCGGGGAAAUAAACCAGUGAGACCUGAUCCGUGCAAAAUUGUUGGCUGUCUGACGGCACUAUACCGUGAAAUUGUAUCUCUCGGAGAGGCGGAAGCGUAAUCCUGGAUGAUCCAUGAUCACCGAUCUGCGACGAUGCACCUUCAAUAUCAUCGGUCUCGCUCGCAAGUUAUCGGAAUAGUUUCGGUGUAUCAUCUGGUCAUUGGGUCGACGCGCAGUUCGAGCGACGAGUAGCAACCAAAGAAUCGAAAGAAAAAAAAAGAAGAGGGGAAAAGAUGAACUCCUGCUUUCCGCAUUUGGCGUUAUUGAAUCCGCGGAAUGCGAACAAAUCGAAAGACCGGCUCAACGACGAGUGCAACGUCGUAAACGCCGAGGACACCCGGAUGCGAUCGAGGACUCCGACGUUAUCGGGAAAGAAUGACAUCUUCCAAGACUUGGAUAUGUAUUACGUUCGACAGAUUGCACGAAAUUCGAAGGAACAUGACCUCGAGCAAAAGAUCGAGGUGGAAAUCAAGAUGAGAGAAGGCUCGGCGAGACUCCUAGCGGCCGCGAAGCAUCGCGCCCAGAGCCUGGAAGCCGCCAAGGCGUUGCUCACGUCCAACGAGAGGAUGUCGGUCUACAUGGCGGAAUUGCAAAGUCGCCGCCGCGAAUCUUCUAAGCAAUCAUGCAUUUCUGGAAGUACGAGCAAGUUAUCGAUCUCGGAUCUUAGAAUACCGCUGAUGUGGAGAGACUCCGACCACUUCAAGAAUCGCGGUGAUCAUCGUCGGUUCGCUGUAUUUUGUUUAGCACGAUUGGGAACAGAGAUUCACGACACUUCCUUAUUGUGUCCCAUCGAUAGAGCUCAAACGGACCUCAGCUUUCCCGAUGUUUUGAUAUUUAAUAAUGUGCCAGCCGAGUUCGAAUUAGUGUUAGAAAUCUAUAGUCAUGUUUUGCAAGAGGACUUAAGUAUCGCCAGCACGCCGAGACGAAUAAAAAAGACGAUUCACUCGUCGAUUUCGAAAACUGUCGGCAAGAAGCUCGCCGCUUCGCUUCGUGACGAAUUCGGUUCCGCGAAAUCUGGACCACACUUCGAUUUAGUAGCUCGCGCGAAACUGACCUUAGACGACACGGAUGAUAACACUCACACGCACGAUCUCGUUAUUAAUAGCGUCGAGAACAAGUAUCACUCCCUACCACUUUUCGGUCACUUUUGCUGUCGAUUGGCCGUACAGCCGGAAUGCAUCAAUAAGGAGAUGUGCAUUGGCAACGUGAAGGUCGACGGUCAGGAUUAUUGGGGACGUCUGCAAGGAUUUUGUAUAAAAAUAUGGGAAUCGAAGAAGCAUGCGGAAGAAGGUCAAAAUCCGGAACACACGAUAAUUGUUAAUAAAAGAACAAUUAUUCAUCCGUCCAAAACAUCCGGCAAGGAACUUCUGAUAAAUAAUUCCGGUAACAGUGUGGACAAACUGUUAUCGAUUAAAUUUGAAUCAAAGGAGGAAGCUCAAAAAUGGUCGAAGCUCUUAUUGGUGCAUGUCAACGAUCAUUCGAGGUGGAAACAUGCCGCGGAAGUUAUUCAGAGGGUGUCUAGCAUUGAAAGCACGAGAAAUUCCUUUAUCAAUAAGAGACAAGGUUCCUUAUACGACGAGACACCUCUAAUAGAAUCAAUUCCGGAUUAUACAUCCGCAAGGCCAACUGUACAAACGAUCUUCGAUCUCACACCUAGUACUAGUCUAAGCAGUUGUAGUUCCACGAAUAGCCUAACAAGUCUACGUUCACGUUCACUGAGUAUCAGCGGUGUAUUUAAACAAGGUGCCAUCUCUUUAAAACCUCACUUAACUACCGCUAAUAAAAAGGUAUAACGAUUAAUAAUUAUAAUUCUUUUCAAAGAAUUAUCAAUGCCGUGUUAGUGUAACGCGAAGAUAAACGUGCGAGAAUUUGUCAAUUUUAACCUGAGAUUGAUGUAUACACUAAAUAUUUUAUUAAUUGUAAUUGAGAUAGAGAAGAAAGAUUGAUUGAAUAUUUUUAUAUUCAAUCAGUCUUUUCUGUCUCUCAAUUAUGAAUAUAUUUCUCGGUUUAAGAAAGGGUUAAUACACUGUAUUAACCAAAGAAACGUAUUGCGGAGAUUUUAAUUUGGUUGGAAAUUGUAAUAUGUGUAUCGAUUGAUAUAUAAAUUCGAGAUAUAUACGAAAAACUUUUUCGUUAGAGAUAUGCAGUACAAAGGAUAUUGAUUUCUUAUUUUUUUCUUUUCUACUUUUAUAAUGUGAAAGCCUUAUUAUUAUAUUGCUAAAAGUACAACGAUAGCUCUUACUAUAUAAUGCGUUAAUGAGUUUAGAAAAUAUAUAGGAGCAAUGCAAUAUUUGGUACGGCUGUAAGAAAAUACGCAUAUAUUUAUAUAUAUGGUAUAUAUAUUUAAUGUAACAACAAUAAUAACAAUAAUAUAUGACUAUGCAGAUAUAGUUAAUUAUA